UACACUACUACUGCUACCCGAUCAAAACAGUUUUUCUUCUCCUUCUUCUUCUUCUCUCCUUCAAUGGAAGACGAAAUCAACAGAGAACUCGACCUUCUCCCAUCCUCGCGCUCCGAAUCCUCCCUCCUCCGCCUCCGCUCGGCGGUCUCCUCCUCCUCCACCACAGACUGCGGCGGCGGCGGAGGCGGAGGCGCCACCCCCUCUCUCGACCUGCAGCUCUCCAUCAGCGUGAGGCCGCCCGCGGCCGUGCUCAUGUGCGACGGCGUGGACGCGCUCAAGUGGCAGGCCGCGGAGCAAAUCCGCCUCGCUGCGAUGGAGAAAGCCUACGCGGAGCGGGUGAGGGAGCUCACCCGCCGCGAGAUGGAGAUGGCGCAGUCGGAGUUCGCACGUGCGCGCCAAAUGUGGGAGCGUGCGAGAGAAGAGGUUGAGCGCGCCGAGAGGAUCAAGGAACGAGCCACCAGAAAGGUAGAUUCCACGUGCAUGGAGAUCACUUGCCAUUCCUGUAGGCAAAGGUUCAGGCCCGCUUAAAUGAAAAUUUGAUCCACAAAAAAAACAAUUCACAUUUCUCUGUUCCCGUUUUUUUUUUUUUUUCUUUCUGUUUUCUAACCAACCAACUCGACCAAGCAGAAUAACACCCCUCUUAAUUAACCCUUUUUGCUUCAUCACAAAUUAUUUAGUUUAGUUACAGUUAGUUAAUUAGCACCGUACGUGUGUGUCUCUCAGUGUGUAAAUGUUUUAAUUUAAUUUCCUUCUAUGCUUUGUUAUAUGUUUGGCGAUGAACAGACAGCACAAUUAAUUAAUACUUACGUACCCGAGUGAGGUCCC